CUUCUACCAUUUCAAUGCAUUUUGCAUAUCCCAGACCAAUAACUGAAUACUCUAUCUGUGCUAUAUAUAAAGAGUAUAGUUGGUUUUCUUGUUUUUAUCGGUAUGGCAGAAGAAGAAAGACUUGAGUGAUAACAGUAGAUAAAGCGCUGAGAUGACAGCUGUGUGACGGAGGAGGUGGGGUUUCCGUAGCUGUAAAAGAUGGACUACACCAUUAGAGAAACACAGCAAGACUUCCAAAUGCUCAGAAUGAGUGGAACUUCGACAGGUCUUGAGCCAGGACGCGAGAACGGGCUUCAACCCCGAGCUCUGUUUCAGCUGAAUCGCCCCACUGAAGACCAAAUCGAGGUCCAGCCACAAGUUGAGCUAGAGCUUCACAGACAUCGACAGCAAGAGUACCAACAACAUGCUGAGCAAAGAAAACCAGCGUGGCUGAAACCAAAGUGUACACUUUCUGUCUUCAUCGCGUGUUUCUGCUUGAGCGCAGUUUUUCUCGGGAUGGUUUACUACAUACGUCAAUCUCUUCAUCGCGUCAGCCCUUGUGACUCCCCAGCCUGUCAGAAGGCCUCAGUUCAUCUCUCAAUGUCGUCGGAUCCCUUCACACACCCUUGUGACUACUUCCUGUUUACAUGUGGACCUGAGCGAGCUGAUGACCAGGGCAAAUCUAGAAGAGGUGUCAAAGAAAACAGGACAUUGGACAGAAAAACUGAACUUUUACAGUAUCUGAGAGAAAUUUUGGAAUCAAAUGACGAACUUGCAAGUUCAUCUGUGAAGAAAGCUAAAGAAUUCUACCGCACCUGCAUGGACACCAAAUCCUUGGCUAUUACUGGAGUGGAGCCCUUCCUCGCACUUGUUCACAAACUCGGAGGUUGGUCUUUGUUUGGCCAGUGGAGCAAGACUGACUUCAAUUCCACCUUAAGCAUGCUGAUGAGAGACUACGCCACCUUCCCUUUUUUCAACGUCUACGUUGGCGAAGACCCCACUGACGCGUCCAGCAAGAGAUCCAAACGAUACAUACAGAUCGAUCAGCCUGACCUCAUAGUCCCUAUCAAAUGGAACCGUGAGAUGGCGAAAUCCGAAGUUAUGAGGGAGACGGUGGGUCUUUUUUUAGAUUCCUGCAAAAGCCACCUGAUGCUUUUGGGGGCCCCGCCAGACGAAGUCAUAUUGCACGUGGGCCCGUUCAUCUCGCUGUCUUCCAAUCUGGCUGUGACCAUGGCACCUUUGAGCUACCGCCGGGCAAAAGGGCAGCUCUAUCGGAAAUUGACCAUCAAGGAGCUGCAGCGUAGGGCGCCAGCGAUCAACUGGCUGGCUUGCCUACAGGCUGUGUUCCAUCCAGAGCCGCUGACCGAAGACGAGCACAUCCUUCUGCACAACUUGCCUUAUGUGGUGCAGAUGUCCCACAUCAUCACAAAUAAGACUGCCGGGAAUGAAUUGAAAAACAGUGAGCUCCACACUUUCAUGGUGCUCAACCUGCUGCACACCUUACUGCCCGCCCUGGACUCCAGAUUCUCAAACAUGGCAAACACUUUGUCGGUGGCCUUUGGCCACACGAGGUUGAGGCAGCGUGAUCUUCAAACGAAGACUGAUGCGCCGACUGAACUCUUUACAGUGGCGCCUCGCUGGAAACGAUGCGUGAUGGAAACCGAGCUAGGCUUCGGCGAUGUUCUAGCACCUCUGUUGAGAGAAAAUGUCGCCACCGGGGAGGCGGAGGAGCUUAUUGAAAAUAUACUGUCUUCCUUCAAGUCACAUCUGCGUGAGCUCAAGUGGAGUGACCAGAAGGCUCUCCAGAUUGUUAUGAAUAAGGUUGAGUCUGUAACUCCAAGAAUUGUGACUACAAAAGAAAACCAGGCUGAGCUUGACCUGCUUUAUUCGGAGGUGUCUAUCAGCAACCACAGCUUCUUCUCCAACUACAUCGAGCUAUUGUCCUUUUUGCAGAAGCGACUGAGUCGACUCUUGCGUGAAGACAACGAUAACGCCGAUAUUCUAGCUGUCUCGCCAUCUCUUCUGGGAAAUGAGUUGGUCAUUCCUGCGGGUAUUUUUAUCCCGCCUUUUUUCCAUCCCACAUACCCAAGAGCUAUGAAUUAUGGCGUGUUGGGUUUCCUUUUGGCUAAAGAUCUCCUUCACCAGCUUCUACCUGACAUUUACUCACAGAGUGAGAUGGUGCGCGCCAUUGGCCAGUGCGUGUGGUCGCACUACCGCACCGUGACCGACAAGGACAUCGGCGAGGUCUCGCUCUCUGCGGCUCAGCAGCAGGAAGUCUCGGUGCAGUAUUUAGCACUGCAGAUAGCAUUGAAGGCGUAUGAAAAGAGUCUGAAGAAGCAACCAGCAGACACGUCCAUCUCAGAAUUCUCACAUACCCAUCUGUUUUUCAUCGCCUUCUCUCAGGCCAACUGUGACGCUGACCAAUAUCACCACUUGAUGCCUAUGGAGCCGUCGUUCAUCAUGACAGUCGUUUGCGCCAAAUCACGUCUUUGUCCCACAAACCUGCAAUGCCUCAAAACAACUCGGCGGUACUCAUGGAAUGGAUGCUGAAUGUGUUUAAAGGCAAAAUGUUAAAUUCAUAUAUGUGACAUAUGUAAGAUACUUUUUGUACAUAAGUCUAGUUUGUGUGCUUUAUUAGUUGCAGUUUUGUUCUGUUGUAAAAUAAACUGUUGAGGUCCAAUGAUAAAUGAACUCUUAAUUUAAAUGCUGGGUGAAUUCAGCAUUAAGUAUACAACUGAAAAACUGAUUGUUAUUUUUAGCACAGUGAGUACACAAGAUAUCUCCAAAAAAUUGACAUUUCGCAGGGUAAUAGUUUUGGCCAUUCUUGUUAGGGAAAAAAAAAAAAUCACAGAAUUUAAAAAGGCAUAUCAAAACGUUUAUAUUUAGGCAAGGCAAGGCGAAGCAAAUAUGUUUAUAUAGCAAAAUUCAACACAAGGCAUUUCAAAGUGCUUUACAUCACAUGAAGAUCAUAAAAAUCACAUUACAAUAAAUAGAACGUAAAAACAAAGACUCAAAAUAGGAAAUAAAAUUAUACAUAAAAAUCACAUUUAAUCACAAAUAGAAUAUAAAAAAAAAUUUAAAUAAAAAAUAAAAUAAAAUUAAUACUAUUACUACUACUACUGCUAAUAAUUCAAAUCAGCAAUGGAGAUAAGCACAAGAGGAAUAGAAAGCAAAUAGAUUGAAAUAUAUAGACAGUUAUGGAUACGCAGUGCUUAAUAAAAGCGUUUUUAGCCCUGAUUUAAAGGAGCUAACAGUUUGAACAUACUUCAGACCUUCAGGUAACUUGUUCCAGUGGUGAGGAGCAUAAUAACUAAACGCUGCCUCACCCUGCUUGGUUCUUGUUCUUGGAACAUACAGGAGACGACCUUAGGGGUCUAGAUGUUUCAUAGGAAUCUUAACAAAUCAAGCAUGUAUUUUGGUCCAAGGCCAUUAAGUGUUUUGUAGACAAGAAGUAGUAUUUUAUAGUCCUCCUUUUUAAUAUAUCAUGUUUUUUUACGUUGAGAAAUGCCCCCCAUAAAAGUUAUUUUGCAUCAUGGUAUACCCUUGAAACGCAGUCCCCAAAGACAGCAUUUAUACAAUAAUUCACCAAACAGCUAAAAAAUGCUGACCUAGUAGCAAAAAUUUAAAAACAGAAGAGCUUGCCAUGUCACAGGUGACACACAUUUAGAACACGUGAAAUCGAUCACAGAAAACUAAAUUUUCUUUCACCUUUGAAUAAAUAAAGACGUUGGUAGUAACACGUUACAUUUACUCACAUUUACUUAAGUAACUUUUUGAGAAAAAUGUACUCCUUAGAGUAAUUUUACUACGCAAUACUUUUUAUUUUUGCUACAGUAUAUUUGUCAAGAAACACUCUUACUCCACUACUUUGGGCUACACUACAGUCGUUACAUUUUUCGGCUUUACACUACAUAUUGAUUUUAUUAUUGCCCGAGAUGCCGACAGUGGCCGUCCCAGGUACACCAAUGAGACGUAGAAACAGUAACCACAUAACUCCAUUAUGCCUAUCAGAAUUAACAAUGUUUUUUCUCCACUAGAGGGUACUUAUGCUCUUUAGACGGGUGAUGUUUCAUAUCGUUUUUCUAGUCUUAAUUAGAUGAUUUUUGUGUUCUUAUUUUGGCCUAAUAUGGUCAUGUAAUAGGUUAUAAUACAGUAUAAUAAUAACAGUUCGUAUCGAUAAGGUUGUGCUGAGAAAAAAAAUACCAUCAUUUAAAAAAAAGAAUCAAACAUUUUAAGGUUACUCACAAUGUUCCUCAUUACGUGAGUAGUCUUUUCAACGAACUUUUUUACUUGUGCUUGAGUACAUUUUUGGAUGACUUUUACUUGAGAAAAAUUAAUUACAAGUAAUGCAACUCUUGAGUAAAUAUUUGGGCUACA